AUGGCUUCAGAAAAGAAGGUAGCAGAGAACAUGCUCUGGGGUGGCCGUUUCACGGAGGGCCUUGACCCCGUCAUGGAGCAGUACAACGCCUCGCUGCCCUACGACCGUCUCUUCUACGCCGAGGAUAUUGCUGGCUCAAUUGCUUUCGCCCGUGCCAACAAGAACAAUGGCAUCCUCACCGAAGACGAGUUCGCUGCCAUUGAGAAGGGAAUGGCACAGAUCAAGGAAGAGUGGGCUUCCAACACGUUCGAGGUCAAGGCAAAUGACGAGGACAUUCAUACUGCCAACGAAAGGAGGCUGAGCGAGAUUAUCGGCAAAGACAUUGGCGGAAAGCUGCACACAGGGCGUAGCAGGAACGAGCAAGUCGCAACAGACAUGCGGUUAUGGCUGCGAGAGCAGCUCAAGGUGCUUGAGGGUUAUCUGAAGCUUCUGAUAAAGACUUCGGUGCAGCGAGCAGAAGCCGAGAUUGACAUACUCAUGCCUGGCUACACGCAUCUCCAGAAAGCCCAGCCAGUGCGCUGGUCUCAUUGGAUCCUUUCACACGCAACCGCUUUCGCAUCCGAACUUGAGCGACUCCGCGAAGUAAUCAAGCGCGUCAACAAGUCCCCGCUCGGAUGCGGCGCGCUUGCAGGUAACCCGUUCAACAUCGAUCGUCACGCUAUGGCUAAGGAGCUCGGCUUCGAGGGUCUCUUGCCCAACUCGCUGAACGCCGUCGGAGAUCGCGACUUCGUCUUCGAGACAUUACAAUGGGGAUCUAGCUUCAUGCUGAAAAUGUCUCGUUGGGCGGAGGAUUUGAUCAUCUACUCAAGUCUGGAGUUUGGCUUCGUCCGCCUAGCUGACGCAUACUCGACUGGAAGCUCAUUGAUGCCUCAGAAGAAGAACGCAGAUUCACUCGAGCUUAUCCGCGGCAAGAGCGGUCGUGCAUUCGGACACAUGGCGGGCCUGUACGUCACCAUCAAGGGUCUGCCCACAACCUACAACAAGGAUCUCCAAGAAUCGGUCGAGCCCCUCAUCGACCACAUCAAGACGGUCAGCGACUCUAUCCAGAUUGCUACUGGUGUCCUGUCGACUCUUUUCGUCAAUGCCGAUAAGAUGCACGCAGCGCUGGCGCCUGAGAUGCUGGCAACAGAAUUCGCAGACUACCUUGUCAGGAAGGGUGUACCAUUCCGCGAGGGCCACCACAUCUCUGGUCGCGUAGUCGCAUUGGCCGAGAAGGAGAACGUACCCAUGGACAAGCUGAGCUUGGAGCAACUAAAGGGAAUUGACUCCAGGCUCGGUGAUGAUGUCGUAGAGUGCUUGGACUAUGAGCGCGCAGUCGAGCUCAAGAAUGCUACUGGUGGCACAAGCAAGAGCGCUGUCAUGGAGCAGAUAGAUAUUUUGAAGCAGCUUCUUUGA